AAAUAAACUGUCAGAGCCGCAAAUGCCUUUACUUUUGGCUCCCGCGGGCAAUCUCAACUCCCACCAUGGAAAAGAUCUGUUGCCGGUUCUUCACACAUGCAUGGCCCACACGGAUAUCGAUAUCGUUGAUCAAGUUCUUUCCCAUAGCAUGUAUGCAUGUUUACCCCUGGACACUGCACAUUGCAGCAUUGCAGACCAAACCGGGCUGAAGCAGAAGCUUGCCGACUAUGAACCCGGUGACCGAGACAAGCAGCCAAUGCGCCUCCUUAUUGUUGCAGCUCCGAGUUGUAGGCGACAGGCAGCGUACUAAUAAAAGCUAUCUUUUGCUUGUCCAUCGACCCAUAACAUUGAGCUACAUUGGUUGUAACCACGUGCAAUGAUGGCAAGUCCAACCAACGAGGUGACAACCCCCGGACGGAUCAAAGUCAGCAUCCUCCGGCAAAGUAGCAGCAAGCAAAUCCAAGAGGAACCUGGCUUGUCGGCAAAUCCCAGAUCGGAUGACGUUGAGAUUGUUGUUCCUGAAACUUCAGGGCUCACCGUCCGUGAUCUCCUUCAACAGGCUCGUUCCAAGAUUUGUGGGCGUACAGGUACUCGAACCAAGAAGAAGAAGAAGAGUCUUGUGCUCUGGCUGGCAAAGCCACGUGAAGUACUCGUCGAACGCCAGUCUCUGUUGUUGCCUAAAACACCGAAGAAAGAACCAACAGAGGGAACGUUUGUGGUCCCACAGCAGGACGGGACGUCAUCCGCAUCUUCUACCAUUGGUAGUACACUUCAGAAUGGAGAUACCAUCUUGAUCGACCUUGUAAGAAACUCCAACAAUCGUACUACUGUCAAUAACCUUCGUCUCUACAAGGUGGUGACACCGCACGAAAGCAAGCUCCAACGGACAUGUACUCAAAAGGAUGUCCUCUCCUACAAGCUCCACGCCUAUCACAUUAGCACAGGCGUAAAACUCGUAACCAAACCGGCCAUUGACUAUGUGGAUGUUACAAUGGGUCAACGACGCAUUCGAUUCGUUCUGCCAACCAAAGACUAUCGGAAUGAUGACGCUACGAUGGCUUCCAUGGCAUCCACCAUCAAGUUCGUUUCGGAUCGUGGUGGUGUCGAAACCUUUGAACUCUUCUCGGAUACACUUCAAGAUCUUCACGAUGGGAUCCUCCAAGCGUUUGGCAUCUUUGCCUUUCUGGCAAGCAAGUAUCGUAUGUCCCUCUGGUCCCCGACCGAGGGCAAUCAUUGGCACGAAGACGACGAAGGAUGGGAACGCGAGCAGCAGGUGCGGAUCCCAGAGCUAGGAUUGUCUGGUCCAUCAUUGGAAGGACGAUUCGAAGAACUGAGCGUGGUCAUGGUCAAGACAACCAUUGCAGGCAAGACGAUUGCUCUUCGAGUACGACUUUCGGACACGGUGACCAUGAUCAAAUGCAAGAUGGAAGACAUAAUCGGACUCUUGCCAGACCAGCAACGAUUGCUGUACCGGGAUACUCCUAUGGUCGACAACCUCUCUCUGUUGCAACAUGGAGUCACUCCACGCAGUACUCUCAAGCUGUUCCUUUGCUUGCCUAAUGACGUUGCUCCAAUGGUAUUACCCGAUACGAUUACGAGCAGUAUGCAUGAUGUGGAAACACGCCUGUCGUUGAACCUUGUGCUUCCCUCUGGUCAUCAGGAGAUGGUCCUGAUCAACACCUCCAGUUCCCUCUCACGUUUACGGGCAUUGGUUAUGGCAAUCACUCGUACCCACGACAACAACAACGAUGACGAUGCCAAAAAGGUCAAGACCGCACCAGUAUUUCGUCGCAGCAUCGCCUCUACCGAUGACAACGUUCGUCCCAGUGCAGUGGCGUCUACAGUUGCGCAAAUGAAACAGGAAGAAUCAGAUGUGCGAGUGGAACGUACGAUCCAAAAGGCCCUUGGAAGUUUGGCAUCGAUGGAUCGUAAGAUGAAAGUCGUGGAUCGGCAUCCAGCCAGGAGUUUAGACAAAUCAAAGAAUAACGAAAACGAACCGAACGCCUCGUCAUCUGUCAUCGACGGCAGUCUGGAUGACAACUUUACGAAGGGAGAAAUUUGAAGAUCGAGUUUGAUGAGGAGGCUGUGGCACUUUCGGUUCGAGCAACAGUGGCUCCUUUAUAAUUUGUGACACUUCAACAAGGUCCAGUUCCGCCACUUGUUACGAGUUGUCGAUUGAGCCGCAGACCCCGUGCACUCUGUAUUACUUGUCUUGCCAUCUGAGUCCUCGGGAACGUACGACUUUCUCGCGAUAGUGAUGAUUUGGAAGCCCUGCAAAAACAACCAAGACUUCUGCUCCUCCAACAUCGAAACUAAUUGUAAUGGAAAUGUUUAUAGUUUCAGCACACAACUAA